UAAUAUACUAUAGAUAGAAAGAGAUGGACAUGUUUUGUGAAUCUAAGUUAUAAAUACGUUAUCGUUAUCAAUAACAACAAAUCACUCUAAUGUUACAAAUAUUGUAUAUUCUUGCGUAUUUCGUAAGAUAAAUGAUAAUAGUUGUCAUAGCAUACCCAGAUAAUCCAUGUGCGUGUGACUAGUUGGUCAAGUGGUGCUUGAAUCGCUGUAAUAAUGUCUGCAACAAAAAAAGUAUUUCUUGGAUCUAUUGUUUCCUCUGCUACAUAUAAGGACUUGUCUUUUGCCGGCUAUCUGGCCACUGAGAAUGGAACGAUUACUAAAUUGGGCUCAAGAGAGGAGUAUAAUUCUUUACAGCAAUCUGGAGCAUUCACUGACUACAAAACCAUAACUUUGAAAGCUGACCAGCUGCUAAUACCCGGGUUUGUAGACUGCCACACUCACGCCCCGCAGUUUCCUAACUUGGGCCUUGGGCUCGAUAGACCUUUGUUAGAAUGGUUAGAUAAAUAUACUUUUCCUUUGGAAAGUCAGUAUAAAGAUGUGGAAUUUGCUGCUAAGGUGUAUGACAAAGUUGUGCAAAGACUUCUCACCAAUGGCACCACAACAGCCUGCUACUUUGGCUCUCUGCAUCUUGAGGGAACUAUUGAGCUGGCCAAGACUGUGCUGAAACACAAGCAAAGGGCACUAGUGGGUAAAGUCAGCAUGAACCUGAAGAAUGAUGCCGGAUAUUAUAAUGAGACUGCUGAAGAGUUGGAACAAGUGGAGAAGUUUGUGCAAACUAUUUUAUCAUAUAAGGAUGAUUUAGUUCAGCCUGUGAUUUCACCAAGGUUUGCACUAAGCUGUGAUGAGCCUCUAAUGACUGGUUUGGCGAAGAUAGCCCAGAAGUAUGACUGCAGGACACAGAGUCACAUAUCAGAGAACCUGAAAGAAAUAGAAUAUGUAUUAGAAAUUAACCCAUCGUGUACAAGUUAUAGCGAAGUAUAUGACAAAAGUCAAAUCCUCAAUAACAAGUGCAUCAUGGCCCACGCAAUUCACCUAACCGAUGCUGAGAUAUCGCUGCUAGUGUCGCGAGGCGUGUCGCUAGCGCACUGUCCCGCGUCGAACACACGGCUGCGUUCUGGGCUGUGCCCCGUGCGCAAAUACCGGCAGCACGGGCUCCGAGUCGGCUUAGGAACAGAUGUGUCAGGCGGCGACAGCGCAUCGAUACUAGAUGCCAUACGCCGGAGCAUGGACGUGUCCACGCAUCUGGACCUGCAGGCGGGAGGGGACCACGGCAUCAGCUGGAAGGAAGCGUUCUACUUGGCGACCAUGGGAGGCGCUGAAGCUCUAAACCUGGAGGACAAAAUCGGCAACUUCCAAGUGGGCAAGGAGCUGGACGCCCUCCUGAUAGAUGUAUACGCUGCAGGCAACAUCGACCGACACGAGUACUCCGUCGACAAGACCGAAGAGGAACGAAUCACGAGCUUGCUUCAGAAGUUCGUGUACCUGGCCGAUGAUAGGAACAUUGUUCAGGUUUAUGUGAAGGGUGAAUUGGUUAAAGAUAUUAGCUAUUGAGUAAUGUUGAAAGGUGGAAAAAAAGACUAUAAAGUCAAUACUGGGAGUAUACGUUUAAAAUAGUAAAUAUAUAUGUCAUGUUAUAUAGGAAUGUUGUUGGAAAUCAAUAAAUGAAAUGCAAUACUUUA